AUGGUUGACUGGCAACCCUCUCAACCAAGGUGGCAGCACUUCCUUCUGGUGACGACGGUGAUGAUCCGUGGCCGGGAUGUGGAGAGUGCGGCCCCCAUGCCCGGCGGAAGACCACCGAAUCCUAUUGUCUCCAACACCAUCGCAUCCGAAAGCCCUGCGGGGCACAUGGGAAUCACCAGCCACGGGCCACCAGAGGAAUUCGCGCCGAAGACAAAGGCGAGGGCCAGCAACUUUGACCAGGCUCAUAGGGAAACCAAUGAUGCCUCUGCGGCGAUGUGCAGCGUUGGGAAACUAACUAGCAGCAGCACCCGCGCUCCCAAGACCUUUGAACCGUCUCGUUUCACGGACGUCCGGAGGCGCACGUCCAUGUCCGGCGGUCUCUCCACGGGCGUCCGGGCGCGCCACGAACCGCCUCAGUCUACCGGUUCCAAGUACGAUGCCAUUCCCGGCCCCCUGGGUUUGGCCUCUGCUUCCCUCGAGGGCAAGGUCGCUCUCGUGACCGGUGCCGGCCGUGGUAUUGGUCGUGAGAUGGCCCUUGAGCUUGGACGUCGCGGUGCCAAGGUCAUCGUCAACUACGCCAACAGCGCCGAGACCGCCGAGGAGGUCGUCCAGGCCAUCAAGAAGUCCGGCUCCGACGCCGCUUCCAUCAAGGCCAACGUUUCCGACGUUGACCAGAUCGUCUCCAUGUUCGCCGAGGCCAAGAAGAUCUUCGGCAAGCUCCACAUUGUCUGCUCCAACUCUGGUGUCGUCUCCUUCGGCCACGUCAAGGAUGUCACCCCCGAGGAGUUCGACCGCGUCUUCUCCAUCAACACCCGUGGCCAGUUCUUCGUUGCCCGCGAGGCCUACAAGAACCUCGAGGUCGGCGGCCGUGUCAUCCUCAUGGGUUCCAUCACUGGCCAGGCCAAGGGUGUCCCCAAGCACGCCGUCUACUCUGGUUCCAAGGGAACCAUUGAGACCUUCGUCCGCUGCAUGGCUAUCGACUUCGGUGACAAGAAGAUCACCGUCAACGCUGUUGCCCCCGGUGGUAUCAAGACCGACAUGUACCGUGAUGUCUGCCGCGAGUACAUCCCCGGUGGCACUGAGCUCGACGACGAAGGUGUCGAUGAGUACGCCGCGGGCUGGUCUCCCAUGCACCGUGUCGGUCUCCCGAUCGAUAUUGCCCGUGUCGUCUGCUUCCUGGCUUCCCAGGACGGCGAGUGGAUCAACGGAAAGGUCCUCGGCAUCGACGGUGCCGCCUGCAUGUAA